AUGAAUGAAAGUAGUAAUCCAGACCCAAUAUACCUUCUUAGAGAUUUCAACUUACACAGAAUAAAUGUCGAGUUACUUGAUGAGUCAGAAACAACGGUUUCAACAGUAAAUGAAGCAAAGUUUAUACAGUUUGGAACUCAUAAAUUUGAUAAAUCUACCACCACUUCUUUUCAAAGUAAAAUUCACAAAGAGACUUAUUAUACACUAGACGCUUUAUAUCAUGCCACCAUUACAAGAAAAUUACAACAUACUGAUUAUUCACAAGAUGCAACUCGACAGCAGAUUCCAACUCGGUUGGCAUAUAUGGAUAGAAAAGAUUGGCUUCCAUUUGUAAAUGGAUUUGCUUUAUUACCUGAUGAGAAUAACAAGCAUAAUAAAGAAUCAAUUACAUCAUCAUUAUCAUCACUUUCUUCAAGUCGACACCAUAUCGAAAAACGUCGACAACCACCAACAGAAGGAACAGAAGAAGAUUUAGAGCAGAAGCGAGUUAAAAGAAACGAAUACCGAAAGAAUUAUGAAACGUUCUUAAAAGCGAUCGCGCCAACUGAAAUUGUAAUAUUUGAAGAGGACGUUAUGUUUGAAGGUUUAGGUGAUUAUGCUUCUUGGGUUAAGUCAGCAGAUGAUUAUUUUCUGAAACGAUCUCAUAGUUCUCCAAGUCAAGAACGUAAUCCUGGUGAAUCUUCGAGAUCAUCGCGUUCACAUCACAAACGAUCAAGAGGUCUUAAAGUUCCAUUGAUCCUUGUUCCGCCUUCAUUCAACUCUUUUGUUUCAAUGUAUAAUGUUAAACAAUUGUUACAAGAUCAGAAAUUUGAACCGGGGUCAUCAGUUCGUACAUCUGGAGGGAAAAUAGAACACAAUUUAUUAAUUACACAUAACGGGUCUCAAUAUGAAAUAACGGAUAAUGCCAAAUUGUUACGAGAAUCAGAUUGGGACCGUGUAAUUUGUGUUAUUACUGAUGGUAACGAAUGGGUCUUUAAAACGUACAAAUGGAAAACACCUGAAAAUACUUUCAAUAAUGUAGUUGGUGUGUAUUUCAAGUAUAAUAACGAAAUCACGCAUCAGAAAGUGCAGAAAUGGAAGGUUAACAUUAUCGAAAUACAUCCGGACAUGCGGCAUAAAGAUGCCGAAGCAUAUAUAGACUUCUGGACUUCUGUAUUAAAAAAACAAAACGCUUGA